AUGUCCACGUACGCUGUACCCCGCAAACUAUGGGAGCAUCCCGAUCCCGAGUCGUCAAAUCUCGGCCAAUUUCGACGACGGUUGGAGCGCAAGACCGGGUUGAAGUUUCCGGACUACCUCUCCUUGUACGACUACUCCGUCCAAAACCGUGCAGCAUUUUGGGAUUUCUGCUGGCACGACCUCAGCCCGAUCCACUCAGGCAGCUACACGACAGUGGUCGAUGAGUCUGCACGCAUGGACAGCGUCCCUGAAUGGUUCGAGGGCAUCUAUAUGAAUUUCGCUGAAAACGCUCUUUUUACUGCUGGACCAACUAGUGUGUCGCCUUCAGUUGUGUGCACGACAGGCAAGGAAGAUGAGAAGAUUGCUCUGACGGAGGUGAGAGAGGCUGGUUUGGAGGGAAGGAGGAAUGUCUCUUGGGGGGAACUGAGAAGGAGAGUUGGCCAUUUGUCGCAGGCUAUGAAGACUGCUGGUGUGAAGAAGGGGGAUAGGGUGGCCGUCGUUGCGAGUAAUAGCUUUGAUACACUUGUCGUGUUUCUGGCUGUGACUGCGCUUGGAGGGUUAUUUUCUUCGAGCUCCACUGAUAUGGGAGUGAAGGGAAUUUUGGAUCGUUUGCUACAGAUCAAGCCUCGAUGGGUGUUUAUGGAUGACUGGACAGUGUAUAACGGAAGGACCCUUGAUUUGAGAUCGAAGAUGAAAGAGAUCGUUGAGGGAAUGGAAGCGGUGGAGGAGUUUCAAGGCAUCGUGUCACAGCCUCGAUUCCAAGAUCGCCCUGCUGAUGUGAGCGCGGUGCCUAGGACGCAAACUUUGGCUGCCUUCUUGUCGAAGAGGACGUCAGAUAGGUUGGAAUUUGUGAGAGUCAAAUUCAGUGAUCCAUUUUUGAUCGUAUAUUCAUCGGGCACCACCGGAAUCCCAAAAUGUAUCGUGCACUCAGUUGGAGGUGUUGUUUUCACUGGAAUGAAAGAAUCAAAACUGCACCGAGAAUUGAGGUCAGAUUCCGUGGCUAUGCAGUACACAACAACAGGAUGGAUUAUGUAUCUCGCGGCACUGCAGCCAUUAUUGCUGGGAUGCAGGGUGAUUUUGUAUGACGGUAGCCCACUGUUGCCCGAUGUGACUGCGUUUGUCAAACUCGCGGGAGAGCAGAAGGUUACCCACCUGGGAACAUCUCCACGAUAUAUGCAUGAAUUACAAAAGAACGGCAUCCGACCCCGAGAAAUAGUUGAUCUUAGCAAUCUGAAGGUCGUAACAAGUACCGGAAUGGUGCUUUCUGAUGCCCUUUUCGAGUGGUUUUAUGAUGAAGGAUUCCCGACUACAGUACAAUUGGCCAAUAUUUCCGGUGGCACGGAUAUUGCGGGUACAUUCGGGACCGAAAAUGCGUUGACACCGUUGUAUGUCGGCGGAUGCCAAGGGCCCAGCCUUGGAACCCCUAUUGCUGUCUACGAUCAGACAGUGGAAGGCGGAAAAGGGGUAAAAGGGAUUCCACUCGAACAUGGCGUUCCGGGGGAAUUAGUAGCCACCGCUGCAUUCCCUAACAUGCCCGUUAUGUUUUGGGGAGAGAACGGACCACAACGCUAUUUCGAUGCUUAUUUUGCUCGAUUUGAUGAUGUUUGGACCCACGGCGACUUUAUCAUGAUCCAUCCCACCACCAAACAAAUAUUUUUCCUGGGACGCGCAGAUGGUGUUCUCAACCCAUCAGGGGUGCGGUUUGGAUCUGCGGAAAUAUACAGCGUUCUUGAAACAAAGUUCGCCAAUGAGAUUGCUGACUCAAUAUGUGUGGGACAACGUCGACCGCGGGAUGCGGAUGAAACAGUGAUGCUAUUCCUGCUCAUGCGCCCAGGUGUUUCUUUUACUCAAAAACUGGUAGAGGAAGUCCAAGAGGCCAUAAAAGUAGAACUGAGUCCUCGGCAUGUUCCAAAAUAUGUGUUUGAGACCCCAGAAAUCCCGACAACGGUCAAUUUGAAGAAGGUUGAACUCCCAGUCAAGCAAAUUGUAUCCGGUAAGGUAAUUAAACCAUCAGGCACAUUGGCCAACCCCGAGAGUUUGAAUUUCUACUACAGAUUUGCAGAAGUAGAGAAACUGGUGAACCAAAGAAGCAAGCUCUAG